CAAGGUCUCCACCGAUCACUUCAGCUCUCUUCGUACUCUCGAGUUCCCAUCAUGAGCCCCUGCCCCUGUCCAAACCGGGGAAUUAGAACACGUUGAUGUUGCGGUGAGAAAGCGUUGUGGGAGGACCCUGUUGAUGACAGGCUGCUCACUGAAAGGCAGAGGGACGAAUACAAUCGGGUGGAGAAGCUCACGCACGACUCCAGUCCAACGGAAUCCCGACUUGUUUAGCCUGUACCGGGCACAGAGGAGCUCCGGUGCGCAGUCUUUACGCACACCAAACAGCGGACCGGGGGUCGUCUGUCAGUCACCACCAUGUCAGCGGCAACAGCUUCGAUAGCAGAUGUGUCCCGGACUGAUCUUACCAACAAAGAUGACAGCCGUUACCGGAAUAAUUCAGAUCAGGCUCAGUGUGCACCCAUGAUCCUGCCUGCCCUGGGCACCCAGAGGAUCAUCCAGGGCAAUGGCACCACGGUGGGGACAGUCAUCUCCCUGCAGUGCCCAGCCAAACACAAACUGGUUGGAAGUGAGCUGAAGUGCGUCAUGGACACCAACAGCCCCCACUGGGUGGGCGAGACCUACUGUAAACCUCUGCCUACAUAUGACGACUUUGGUUUCCGUGUGGCUGUUCUGGCAUCCAUUAUCAGCGCGGCCAUAAUCCUCUUCAUGUCCAUGGCCUUCAUCACCUGCUGUUGGGUCGACUGCAUGAGAGAAGACAAAAGGAAAAAGCAAGAGAGGGAGCAAGAUAUGUGGAAGUGGGAGGAGCAGCCCCAACAUCAGGAAGACAACAGGUCUCGCUACAGCCAUAAAGGCAGGAACAACAACAACAACAACACCCCGGAGAAGGUGCUUUCACUUUGGGACCAUGAAAACCCAGCCAUGCGCGACAACAUGCAAGCCUGCAGAUGUCAUCAGCAGUACUCCUAUGGUCUUGACCGUGAAUAUGGCCCCGCUCCUCCACUUUAUACUCUCCCAGGCUACGACUACAACCAGCCUCUCUUACACCCAAACCUAGAAUAUGCAAAGAUGUCUGGUCUUCCUGAAUUCAGCGAUCCUCCUCAAUCCUCCAGCCAAACCAUGAAUCCAGACCUGCAGAUCUCAGCAGUGAGCAGAGCUGGUUUCGUAAGGCAGUAUGGAGGACGGGAGAGCAGUUUGUCAGGAGUGAGCCCAUCUAUCACCGAUGAAUCCAACACAAGGAAUAUAAACCCUGCCAAAGAAUUUUCCAUUCGGAUUAUAUCAGUGUGAGAUGCCAUCAUCAGUCAAAGACUUGGUUACCGGCCAAAUGAAUUGGUCUGUACAAUGAGGACUAUAGGAAAUAAUAACUGAACAUUCCUGAUCUUGUUGAAAAUAUAAUGUCUGCAGUUCUGCACUGUAUGAAUGAAGGCUCUAUUUGCAUACUGAUCUGACAGACUUAUGUGCCUUUUGAAAAAAUGUAAUGGCACAGUGCCCUCUGUCUGAAAAGAAGAGCCAUUGCACUUUCAGGACACUGGCCUUGUUGGAUGACAACCCCUAUAAUUUAAAUGUCAAGGGACUUUCAUGCUCUUAACAGAGCUUUUCAGAAACAAGUCAUAUUGUUAUGUUUUGGUUCAAGUUAACCACUAAGGAGUUCUAUGGAAAAGGGGUUCACAAAACAUUACAGGCAGCUGAGAACUCAUGUCAAGGCUCACUUUGGUGGGUGUGGAGAUCAGCUGGGGAGCACUGGCCACAAUGUAAAUAAUACUGUGUUAUUUUUUAAAGAAUGUAAAUAAAUGAAAGACUUCUACUGAUAA